UUUGCCUCGUUCAGGGAUUUGAAAGAAAACCAAUCUCAAAUCCGCUUUAACCUUGUGGUUGCCAUAGCGAUAGCACAAAUUACGUUUCUUGCUGGAAUUGAUGCCACAGAAGUUAAGGUAAGCUAAAGACGUAUACUAAGUUAAUCUGAAAGAUGAAGAAAUAAUGAGCAUUUUGUUGGCUUAAAUGAUAAGUUGAUCUCCAAAACUUUUAAAACGAAAAUAAAAAAUGAAAGACUUUUGGAUGUAAAAAACUUGAGUUUUGAAUAACUUAAUAUCAUUAGAUGGCAUUCCCUUGAGCUUGAUGUUAAGCAAAGGUACUAAAAAAGAUGUGGCUCACUGGUCGAUUGCUCUUUAUUUCUCUUUAGUAUCUUUGGUUUAAUUGCAUUGCAUCAAGAGAGUUUUUUUUUUAUCAUUAUUAUUUUAUUUUUUACUUUUAAUCAGUAAUUUUUUGUGGGGGGAAGGUUGGUAAAAAGCUUGCCGUUAUGGACAAUGUGAUGACGGUGAAUCCCGUCUCUUUAUAGGAACUGUGUGUGUUUGUAGCAGCCAUGAUUCAUUACUUCUAUCUGGUGGGAUUUGCUUGGAUGUUAUUUGAGGGUGUUUACCUGUAUCUGAUGGUUGUCAAAGUGUUCAAUACGGUCAUCAGAUGGCGCUUGUUCUAUGGAGUGGCUUGGGGUAAGUAUUAAAGCAAAAAGCCUACUACAGAAAAUGGCCCGUUGGUAGAUCUAGACAAGAGGGAGUGAUCAUGACUUGUCAGUCCCUUCCGGGAUCAAAACCAUUUUCGUUAAUUGAUUCCUGGUUUAUACUACUUCUUUCCUUACGUACUUACAAGGACUUGCAAUUGAGACUUGCUAUUCAGAGGAAUUUGUACCACACCACAGUUCUCAUAAGAGUGCUACGCUGACGUAGCUGACGUAACCCAACUGAGUCUAAAUUGUCAUUUUUCUCUUUUUCGUUUUCAAUCAAACCUUAGGCCUCUCCCUUUUGAUUGUGGUUUUAUCGAUCGUGAUUGCUUCCGUUCAAGAUGGCGGAAUAGAAAGCUAUGUUCAUGAUCAUUUGUAAGUAAACAAACCAGAUCUUAAUACUACCGAACAAAACGGCGCAAGAAAAACUUGGAGGUUUCAAGAAUCCAUUUAUUUUUUUAUUACCAUUAUUUAUUUAUUUAUUUAUUGCAAAGUUACUUAAUAUGAAAUUUGCCCAAACUGCCUUUUUCAGAGGAAUUAUUAUCAGCACGUUCAUGUUACAGGCCUAAAACAUUGGUUUUCAAACAAUUGAAAAUUUUUAAAAAAGUCUUCGUAGGCUUUUUCUUCAACAUGUCCAGUUUUAACCGUCAAGUUUUAUCAAGCAAUCCUUUCUUAGUAACACCUUGAUUUUCUAUAUUUUUUUCAGUUGCUGGGUUUCCUUCAAAAAUAACCUUAUCUGGACGUUUGUUGCGCCUGUUCUCUUAGUUUGCACGGUAAGGGUAAGAAAGUGAAAAUGUCCCAUAAGUGAAUGAGUUUGUUAAGAGAACAAGUUAAAAAAAUGAUUGCUUACAGAAUAUUGAGGCUCAUCUGUUCCUUAAUAAAAAAUUGAUAUAAUCAUCAAAUAUUUGCAAUGAAAAUGUAAGACGUGAAACUGAAAUUAAUAACGAUUCAUGUAGAAAAAAGAAAACCAGAAUAUUUAGCUACCUUUCAUAUCAUAGUCUUGGUGGGUUACAGUAAGCCCAUAAACGGACUGAUAGCGGCUACCAGUGGCGCCCUUGUACGCCUAUUUCAGAGCUUACUGUUAAAAUGUAAAUAUAUUCUGUAAAGAGGACACGUCUAUUGUCCUCUCAUCCACGCCAUUUCAUUUAUUCAUUCAUUUGCGGGUAAUAAACACAUCUGGGACAGAGCGCUGCGGUGGAGGGGAGGCUGUGACCAGUCAUACUUAGUGUGAUAUGCUUGAGGUGUUUCAUACGUCCGAGCUUUGAUCGAUUAUUUAUCGAUUAUAUUUUAUGUUUUCAUUUAUUUAUUUAUUUAUUUAUUUAUUUAUUUACUGUAGUUAUAUUUUCAAGACCUGAGAGAAAGAGAGAAACAGGGUCCAAGGUUUCUGCCAUCAAAAGAUCUCUUAUUUUCAUGCAUUGUCUCCACACAGCUAAACUCAGUUUUACUUGCUCGAGUGGUUCAUGAGAUUCUAAGAAUGCAAGCCGACAAAACACCUCAUCUGGAAAGAGUUCGACAAGGAGUUAAAGCAUGCGUAGUUUUGUUUCCUCUUCUGGGACUGACCUGGGUGUUUGGUGUCCUAAGUGUCACAGAUGCUGGACUCGUAUUUCAGUACAUCUUUACCAUCUUCAACUCUUUGCAGGUACUAGAAAAUCCAACAUGUUAACUUUUUGAGUAGUUUGAGGAAACAGUCGACAUUUCGCAGGGGCACUCAACGAGAAUAUAGUUCAAAACCACUUAAACAUAGCAUUGUUGAACGUAUUUUAGUAUUUAAACGAUAUAUAUAAGCAUAUUUUUAUCCCCUAAACAUUUUUCAUCUGUUCGGCUUUCGUAGCUGAAAGUCUAGUGAUCCGAAAAUUAUGGGGAUGAAAACUUACCUUUUCGAAAAUUUCGGCAAGAAAAAAGGCUUAGAUGACCUUUUUAGGGUAAAAAUCCGUUAAAAAUGGGCAAUUAUACCAUUUUUUAGAUGUUCGAAAAUCCUAGGAGAGGCAGGCAAGCAAGAAAUUUUACAAAAAAUGUUCCGAAAAUGGUAGAUCUCAAAUCGUCUCCCGAACAGAUAUUUUCCGAUAAUUGGCGUUGGGUGCCCUGAUUUCGCGACGCCACCACUGGUUUUCCCAAGAAAUGACGUAGGGCGGAAACGUCCAUACUGAUGACGUGUAACAACCCAGAUCUGGGAAGUGCUUCUUAUUGGAUGAAGCAGAUUUUAACCAAUCAGAAGCACUACCCAGAUGUAGGUAGUGAGGCAUAAUCAGUAUGGAAUUGCUCCGCUCGUGUCUCCAACGUCAUUACGCGGGGAAACUAGUGGUGGUGUCGCACAAUGUCAGCUGUUUUCUCAGGCUAACUGACAGCGAGCAAAUAUCCUUUUAUCAAAGCACUUAGCUCGGUGACUAAAAAAGCGGUUUCAAUUCACUAAUUCGUUCAUUUAUUUAUUCAUAUAAUUUUGCCACACAAGCAUUCGAAGUUUACUCCAGGCUUUGACAGUAGUGUCAAGGAUUGUAGCGAUCGAGAAAAUUAACAAGAACAUAGAAUAGUAGAGAUGGUGGGCGGUACCUGAUACCAUGUACUGCGAUUAACCAUUGACUACAAAUUUUGCCCUCAUUUCUUCUUUUCUCUCAUCCUUAUGUAUGAACUUAACUUUCUUUUUUUUGGACGAUACACACAUUUUUAGGGUUUGUUCAUCUUCAUCCUUCACGUUUUGAGAAACAGCGACGUACGUGCAGCAUACUCUCGAAAGAUGCAGAAGAGGAAUGCAGCAAAAAGCCUGAAAAACUCUCAAGAAAACCGCAAUACAAUCGGAUUGUGGUCAAGCAAAGCGACAAAUGAACAAAGAUGUACAAAAGAACCUAGCAGUGCCUCUCUAAGAGCAUCGGUUGGAGUAAAAAGUAAGAUUGACAAUGCCUUGCACGAGGAAAGAACCAUGACUCCCGUUGACACGUAA